AUGUACACCUCCGAGGCCCAGCAGCAAAAGCUAGCUGCCCCUCCUUCCCCUUCAGCAGCAGCAGCAGCAGCAACAGCAGCAGCAGCAGCAGCAGCAACAGCAGCAGCAGCAGCAGCAGCAACAGCAGCAGCAGCAGCAGCAGCAGCAGUGGCGUCUGCUCCCCUGCAGCGCCUCUUUCGUCCGGGGGGCCCCCAAGGACCCCCCCAGCCGAGGGGCCCCGGGGGGCCCCCCGAGGGGCCCCCCUGGGGGCCCCUGGGGCCCCAGGGGCCCCUAGCCAGGGGCCCCUUAAGGGGGCAUUUGGGGUGUAUGCUGAGCUCUGGGGUGUCUCUACAGCUCAGCCGGGGGGCCCCCCGCUGCUGCCUCUCCCACAGAAGGCCAUGGGGGCCCCAAAGGGGGGCCCCCAGGGGCCCCCCAGAGGGUCUGGAGGGGGCCCCUUGGGGCCCCCCACAGGGUCUGGAGGGGGCCCCUUGGGGCCCCCCAGAGACCACCUGGAGGCCCCCCGUGAAAUGCCCUUUACGAGCCACCUUAGGGGCCCCCUUGGGGGCCCCCUUGGGGCCCCCCUUAGGGGCCUCUUUGGGGGCCCCUUUAGGGGCCCCCCUGGGGGGCCCCCUAGGGGCCCCCCUGGGGGCCCCUUGGGGGCCCCCUGCAGCUCGGACACUUUCAUCUUUGGUGGAGAGGGAGAAGGAGACCAACGCAGCGCCAUUUCAGGCGCCGAGGACGCUGGCAGAGGCUGAAGCUCUUGCGCUUCGCGCCCAGACUGAGCAGGGACUGACCCUCCCCGUGCUGCCGUGGCUUUUCUUCGGGUGUCUGCUGGCAACGCCAAUGGUUCUCGCGAAGUACCACUGCAAGAAGCUGAAGGAGCGGCAGCAGAACUCCGCUGCUUUGUCUCGGGAGCUGCAGCAGCAGCUGCUGGUGCCGCCGCUGCUGCUGCUGCAGUUUAACUCCAUUAAAGAGUUAAUAGAACAGCCUUUUGAAGUGCUGCUGCUGCUGCUGAAUUCUGCUGCUUUCGGGGCCUCCACUGCUGCCUGCCUCUUCGCCGAAGUAGCGGCCCUCCUCGCGACCCACGGCAUAGACCUACCAAUAGCCAUAUGCGACCUGAACGAAGGGGCCUCUUCUAAUGCAAACCCUGGGGGCCCCCCCUCUCAAGAAACCCCACAAAAGGGGGCCCCACAGGGGGCCCCCACAGGCACGGGGGCCCCCAGUGGGGCCCCCGUAGGCAUGGGGGCCCCCAGUGGGGCCCCCGCAGGCAUGGGGGCCCCCAGUGGGGCCCCCGUAGGCAUGGGGGCCCCCUGUGGGGCCCCCCAAAGCCUGCAGGAGCGUUUGUUUCCUGCUGCUGCUGCACCUUAUUUGUUUUUGCUGCUGCCUGAGGGUUUGGGGGGAGAGCCUGCAGCAGGAGAGUUGGAAGAUCUUGAAAAUGAAAAGUUAAUUAAAUUAAUUUUGAAAAAAGCAGCAGCAGCUCGCGUGCUGCAGCAUGCUGCUGCUGUGAGGCCCGCUGCAGCAGCGCUUCUGGAGCAGGCGCAGGCAAUCGACGAAGCAGCAGCAGAUCUUCUACGCUGCGAAUUCGCGGAAACAUUUGUUGAUGAAUUCGCCCACUCAAAAGUCAACUCAAACACAGGGCCCCAGCCCCAGGGGCCCCCCCCUAGGGGCCCCUCUGGGGCCCCCUCUGGGGCCCCCCUUGCUGGGGGCCCCCCUGGGGGGCCCCCUGGGGGCCCCCCUGGGGGCCCCCCUGGGGGGCCCCCUGGGAGCGGCUCUGUGGGGAGCUGUGAGGGCCAACCGAAAGGGUCUUCUGGGGGCCCCCCUGGGGCCCCCCACGUAGAUGGUCUGGGGGGCCCCCCUGGGGGCCCCCUGAAGGUAAUGCGGCUGGCUGAGGCUUUGACAGCUUGCAGGGAGAGAAGGAGACAGAAAUAUUCCACUGUUAUCGUUUAG